AUGGACUGGGCCGUCCGAGGGCUUGGCAAAACAUGGGGCUUAAAAGGUACACCACAACUCUGCACGUUCGUCAAGCUGCUCCGAGCCAGGGAUGCUGAUGGUGCAACGACGGCCUCGUGGUCUUUGGAACUGGAAGCACAAGCCUUCGUUGACUGGGUGAUCGUUGAAGGUGGUAUUCUUCCAAAAGCUUGCCAAGUGUUGGCCGAACGACCUGACAUUGUUCAGGAGAAGACCUACCGUCAAGCUUUGUCGCGGUGCCAAGUCAGCUGUGAGCCGGUCCCAUUCAAGGAGAUCCAAAGCAUCAUCAGUGGGGAUGGGCUCUCUGCACACAUCGAGGCUCUGGGUGGCCUGCAGGAGGAGCCAUUGUCCACGGGCAGUGUGGGGCAGGUGCAUUUCUGUGGAGAUGGUCACGUCGUCAAGGUGGCCCUGUCGAAGAAGAAGCGUGAAAUGCAGCGGCAGUUCUCUUGGCUGAAGGCGUUGGUGAAGCUACCAGGCCUCCAGAAGUCAAUUCUUGCAGACGUUCAGUACGUUGCAGGACCAAUCAAGGAGCACAUACUGGCUGAGUUUGACUUGCGUGGUGAGCAGCAGCGUCUUCGCUUGGCUGUAGCCGCGCUGCCCCGGGCGCAAGCAUUGUUGGGCGAGGAGUGUGACUUCGAGAUUCGUGUACCACAAGUCUCGGACAAAAGCACCCAGCAUGUGAUGAUAAUGACACGGGAGCGUGGCAUGUUGUUCAAGGACCUUCUCGACCAGGAUUCUCGGAUGCUUCAUACCAUCAAGCUAAUGUGGCUGCGCAGAGUUUUGCGACUUUGGGGCGUCUUCACCCUGGGUCUCGGAUGGUUCCACUCAGACCCACAUCCCGGCAACCUCAUGAUCUCGGAGGACAAUGCGCUGGUGUUGUUGGAUUGGGGCUCAGUCACUGUACUUGACCGCAAUCAGCUGGAGGACUUGCGGACUCUCUUCAGCGCUUUUGCACAGCGCCCAGUCGAGGUGGCCGUGGCGACUUCAUGCCUGCGACGUUUGCAGUUGAGAACCAAGAAGGACACGGAUGCUGGUUUAAUGCAACUGGCAGUCUCCACGCUGGCCAUGGACAUCCUUGUUUGCCCAGAGGUCCAGAGAUCUUUCGGAGAGGAGGAGGACCUUCCAAAGCACAUUCCCCAAGAGCUGGCACAGCUCAUCCGUGUGGUGGCCACGCUGGAAGGUUCGGCCUCACGAGUUGGCCGCAUGCGCGUGCUCCCGCUGUGGCUUCCCACCUUGGGCAAGGCCAUGGACUGCGUUGAAGAUGCGCCCCUUGUGCCUGGUGUCCGCAACGAUGGGUCUGCCGAAGUUGGCCACCGAGACUUGAGGACAAGCAAGUCUCGAUGGAUCCCAUCCUUCUCCAGGUCGGCUGGGCUGUCCGAUGAUGAGCUUCGAGAUAAGUUCUCCGAGCUUGACAUGGACGAGAGUGGCAAGUUGUCCCGGCAAGAGGCAGAAGAAGCGCUGCGGAAGAUGGGGCGAUCACAUGCAGAAAUCGAGCAGGAGCUGGGAGGCUGGCCCCCGGAAGAAGGUGUCGACUUCCUCACAUUCAGGCAGAUGGCUAAAGCACGCCGAUCUUCAUGGCUUCCCAACUUCAAGACGAACGCAGAGGUCGACGCCGGCAAGGCGGGUCGAACAUUUAGCAAGAUCGACACAGAUGCCUUCGGACAGCUCCUGGGCCGGGAGGAGAUUGCUGAUGCGCUGGCAGACUACGGCAAAAGCCAGAAGCAGAUAGAGGAUCUAGUUGCUGGCAUGCCCGACGAUCAGGAGCUGGACUUCCCUGGCUUUUUGGAGCUAUUGGGUCGCGAGCCCAGCCCUGCCUCCAGCCCAUCAAAGCGCUCGUCCUUGUGGAGCCGUGUCUCUCAACGUGUUUCCGCGCUGUCCUCCCUGGUGUCCCCGACGAUGUCGGAGGAGCAGCUGAAGGCCAAGUUCGAGGAGAUCGACGUGGACCAGAGCGGAAAGCUAUCGCGGCAGGAAGUGGAAGCAGCCCUCAUCCAACUUGGGAGGUCCCCUGGCGAAGUGGAGCACGAGCUGAGUCGGUGGCCUUUGGAGGACGGUGUGGACUUCAGAAGCUUCCGUCUGAUGGCCAAGCAUCCGUACGCUCGGGCAGAUCUGGGCUUCAUUGGCCCCAAGGAUGCGGAUCUUCGGGAUGCUUUCGACGUGAUCGAUACCGACCACAGCGGGCAGCUGAUGGGCCGCGAGGAGAUUUCAGACGCUCUGCGCGAGCUUGGAAAGAGUCAGAAGCAGAUUUCUCGUUUGGUGAGCGACCUGCCCGAGGAUCAGUUCUUGGACUUCGAGGGUUUCCAGCAGCUGGUGAAGGGGAAAUCCUUUGCCAGCCACUGGCCUUGGGGAUCCUUUUCAGAUGGGAUGACAGAGGAGCAGCUGCGGGCCAUGUUCAGCGACAUAGAUGCCGAUGGCAAUGGCAAGCUGUCUAGAGAGGAGAUCGAGCAGGCCCUUUUGCAGCUGGGAAGAUCCCACGCUGAGAUUGACAAAGAGCUUCGAAAAUGGCCCUGCGAAGAUGGUGUGGACUUUGACACCUUUAAGCUAAUGACGAAGCCGCCCAAAGUUUCAUGGCUGCGCGAUUUUCCUGGUCUCCACUCCUUCACGGACGCCAUCUCUGACUUCUUCGGUGGUUUCAGCGAUGACGAACUGUGGGAUGCCUUCGAUAAGAUCGAUGUCGAUAACAGUGGAAAGCUCGAGAAGUGUGAGCUUGCACAAGCUCUCCAUGACAUGGGCAAGAGCCAAUCGAGAAUCGACCGUUUGCUCGAGCGGAUGCCUGAUGGUCAGGAGCUCGAUUUCGAAGAUUUCCGUGCGCUUGUGCCUGGGCUGUGCAAGCAGACAUUCUUGCCUAGGCGCUUCUGA